CCCAGUUUAUCUUUCAUCUUCUAAUAAUAACGUAGAUCCAUCCAUUCAUCUUCUGAUCCAGUACCUUCUCUCUUUACAGGAAUUGUCCAGAGCAAACGGACUGUUGCUUAAUAAUUUUACAAAGUUUGCGAGCUGCUAGAUUACAAGAAUUAUUGUUGCACGAUCACUGUAUCUACUUUAGGUGAGUGAAAAGAAAGCCAAUAAUCUGCUCCUCCGACGGACCCAUCCUCAGAGUACAGCAACAACACCGUACCGCAAGGCAAGACCUCUAGACUCGAGUCCUCGACAGCAAGAACCAAAGGCGAAACCCCAGCAAUCCUGCUUCUUUGGAAAAUGAAUUAGCCUCCGAAUCCAUCUAGCCAGUCUGCUUGAACUUUGCAGGAAGCAGCGUUCCAGCAGUCACUGUAGAUCUUGUUAGAGAAGCAGAUCUCUGCUCCGACAGAUGCAUCCUUUCACAAACCAGCAGUAUCACCCCUGUCCUAGUAAGAAACUGAUCACCUGAAGCUCCGGACGCAUCACCAAGCCUGAGUCUUAAUUCCUUUCCCGCUUCCUCUCCCUUUGGUAAUUGGACCUGCUGGACUGCAUACACGGCAAGAUCUCGAGAGCUGAUAGCCGGGGUUCUGCCGUGCUUCCAAGAUGCACAAUUGAAGCCGGCCGCCAUUCAUUCAGAUCUCUUGGAAGAUAUCGCAGCAAGCAACACUGUAGUAGAAUCACUGUGGCAACAUGGAGUGUGAAGCCAAACCCAUCUACUCCUUUUGCAGUCCAGCAAAGUGAUCUGGAACAGCAGUUGAUCGAUUUCCCUUCGAAUACUGCAAGCUAACAUUGUCAGCACUUGAUCGAUACUGGAUGCACCAAAGAUCAAGAGAGUUCAGUCAAUAUGAACAUAAUUAGUGGCCUCAAUGAGUGUGCCACAUUGUUCCAGUGGGUUAGAUCGGCCAUUUCAUCUCUGCGAACCCAGUGGAAUGGAACAGAAAAUAACAAACUUCAAGGAGAUGUGCUGCAGUUGCAGAGUGACCUUAAAUGCCUUGGGGAUAAUCUACAGGCAAUGUACAUCCUCAUUGAUCGAGCAGAGUGGAGGAUCCAUGAUCACUGUGUGGCUGACCUCCUUUCAAAAGUCAAAGAAGCAGUGUAUGAUGCAGAAGACCUUCUGGAUGAAUUCACAUGGCACGCGCAUAAGGUGUCAGUUGAGGGCAAUGAAACUCAGCUAGCUCCAUUCAUCGAUUUCUUUAACAGCGUCACUCAAGGUAGAUUCAACAAGGUGACUGAUAUCCAAAAAAGGCUAAAUAAUCUUUCUAACCAGCUCAAGGAAAUGGGCUUCCAUCAAGCAACUCCACGGUUUGAUGAAUCACUCAGGCCAGAGACCACCAGUUUUCCCACCGAGGCAAAAAUAUUUGGACGUGAUAAGGAAAUGAAGGAGCUUAUUAGAUUGCUCGGUGUACCUUUAAACAAUAGAAAGAGAACAGGAAGUGAAGUCGUUGCACCUAACAAUAAUAGGAGGUAUUCUUCCAGACACAAGACAGCAAGAACUGGAGAUGGUUCAUCCACAAGCAACCAGCAAGUUUAUACCGCCUUCAAUAAUAACAAAGAAACUAUGGAGAGUGUUCCAGUUUUGCCCAUUGUUGGAAUUGGGGGAGUUGGAAAAACUACUUUGGGUCAAAAAAUUUGCAGCCACCCGCAAGUGAAAUCUCACUAUGAAAUCAUUUGGAUUUGUGUCUCAGAUGACUUUGAUGUCAAGAGGUUAACUAAAGAGGUCAUAGAACAAGCUUCUAGGAAACCACCAACGACUGAUAGUUUGAAUUCUCUUCAAACUGAUCUUGCAGACAGCUUGAACAAGAGAAGAUUCUUGAUUGUCCUCGAUGAUAUGUGGGAUGAAAAUGGGGAGCGUUGGAAGAAGUUCUACACACCUCUCAGAAAUGUACGUCUGGGAAGUGUGAUGCUUGUCACCACAAGGUCUGAGAAGGUGGCUGAUAUAGUGCGCACAACAGAUUCCUUCCGACUAGAGGGUUUGAAGGAUGAUGUCUUUUGGAAAUUCUUUGAACUCUGUGCGUUUGGAUCUGAUAGGUCUAACAGGGAUCCUGAGUUGCAACUGAUUGGUAAGAAAAUACUUCCAAAGUUGAGAGGUUCUCCUUUAGCUGCAAAAACUCUUGGACGGCUAUUAGGAAUUAGCCGUGACACUACACAUUGGAAUAAUAUACUAAACAGUGAAUUGUGGCAGCAUGAUCAGGAGGGGACUGAAAUUUUGCCAGCUCUUCGGUUGAGCUACACAUUGCAAAAACUCCGCGGCGACGAUGGCCUCCUCAGCGCCGUUGAGGUAGGUCACGAGGACCCGCAGCGGCGGAAGAGGCGGCCGCGACUUGGGGUCCUCGGUGGAGGGCGGGGCGGGGAGGCGGCGGAGCUCGACGGAGUAGGCCGGAUUGGAGUCCUUGGCCUUGCGGCCGUUGCACUACGGCAGGAGCACCGCCGCCGCCGCCUUCCGCGGGUCCAGCGGACAGUGCUCCACUACCACAUUGGAAAGGAACUUGCAAUGAGCAUCUUUCCUCCGCUCGACGCCAGCCCCGAUGCCUUUCAUCCUCUUCCUGGCGCUCUCGCCGCAGCCGCCCUUCGCUUGGUUGGAUGCUGAGCAAUCUGGGUUGGGUUUCAUUCCGAUGGGCUCGGCCCAAACUUGGUUUUGUUUUUACUGGCUUCUGCUGCACGCUGGUAUUGUGUACUCCCUUCAUUCCAAACAAGUCAUUCUUAGAUUCAAAAUUUAAUUCUAAAAAUUUUAGAAUGUGCAUAUGCAUGCAACAAUCAAUUAGUACUAAAUAUGGAUAAUAAAUAGAAGUGAAUAUGGUAAUUAUACCUUCUUAUUAAUUUGUUCUAAAAUUUCUAGGAUGAUAUGUUUCUGGGACGAAGGGAGUACCUUUUUAUUAUUCUGGACCAAGCCCAUGACAAUACAUGUGUUCCAUGCGGUUACCAUA